GACAAUUACUUCCUUCUCCACACACCCACGCUCCAACCCACUGCACUUGACGCGCACCCAUCUUCACGACUGACGACACACCUCUUACGACCGUCGCACCACGUACCCGUGAUAGCCUUACGUCACACGUCAAGGAAGUCGCGUUCCUCGUCGCUCCCUUUGUUUUCCGCCCACCGCCAACAUCGAAUUCACGCGACAAGCCCAUCAACCAACGCCUGCCUUCACCAUGGCUGUCGAUUUCUCAAGCGAGUCGCCGCUGGCGAUGCAGCUGCAGCAGGUGGUCCAGCCCAAGCUCGCCGAGUUUGGGUGGACGACGGGCGGCGAAGACACGACGCUGUUCGAGUACAUCCUCCUUAUGCUGGCCAACGACAAGAAUGAAGCGCAGGUCGCAUCAGAACUCUCAAAUGACCUGCUCGACCUGGGUCCGGAGAACACAGAGACACAGCAGUUUGCGCAGUGGUUAUUCGAGCAGAUCGAGCACCUCAAGCAGUCGAGCGGCGGCAACGCGCAGGUCACACAGUCAAUCGAGAACCAGAUGGACAGCACUUCAAACGACAACUCGGCAGCUGCGCAAGAUACAGACAUGGAAGGCGCGUCAGAAGGACAAGGCAAUAUUCCCACAGGUCCCAAGGCUAUGCGCAACGGCAGCGGUGCCCAAGCAGCACGUCCAGCGCGAGGCGGGCGGAUGCUUAACCAACUCAACAAGAACAUGGACCGUAACAGCGACUCGGUAUUACAUCGCGUACGUGGCGCCGGCGGUGGAGUUGGUCGUGUGAACGCGCACGCGCGCGACCCGCCAAAGGGUCCACGGGGCCAGAACAUCGGUCGCGGAAUCGAGGCAAUGGCAAACGGCCGCGGCAUGGGCAACGCCAACAUGAACAUGGGCCAGAACAACAUGAGCGGUAUGGGUAUGGGCGGUAUGCCGGGAAUGCCUAUGCCCGGGAUGGGCGGUCAGAAUGGCAUGCCUGGUAUCGGCCUGAACCCGCAACAGCAAAUGGCUCUCAUGCAAAUGUACGAGCAACAGGCGCAGAUGAUGCAGCAGAUUUUCUCCGGUGGUCAACCAACCGGCUUCGUCAACCCCAACUUCAACGGCAAUAACCGCGGAUCUAAGAAGCCAUUACAUCAACGUAUAGACCGGUCGCACCAAGGCGGCAGAGGCAUGAACCCGAAUGCUAAGACAUUCACCAAGAAGGAGGGCGAGGACGAAACGAUGGCAGAUGGUCCAGCUGGAGAGAACGGCAGCGGCAUGGACGUCGAAGUGCCUUCCGGCCGCCCAGAUCCUUCGUCCACUAUGUGCAAGUUCAAUUUGCGAUGCAGCAACCCCGACUGCCACUUUGUUCACCAGUCGCCCGCUGCGAUACCCGGAACUCCGGUCGACAUGAACGAUACGUGCGACUUCGGUGCGGCAUGCAAGAACAAGAAGUGUGUUGGCAAGCACCCAUCGCCUGCGCAGCGACAGAAGUUCCAAUCAGAGCAGGAGUGCGCCUUCUGGCCUAACUGCCGCGAUCCCUCGUCGUGCCCCUACAAGCACCCCACAGCAAAGCCUUGCCACAACGGCGCCGACUGCACUGUCGAGGGCUGCAAGUUUGGACACAGUGCCAUCAUGUGCAAAUUCAACCCGUGUCUUAACGCCCGCUGUUUGUAUAAGCAUGAACCUGGUCAGAAGAAGAUCACUACAAAUAAGUGGGUCGCCCCUAAGGAGGGUGAACACGUUAGCGAAAGGAAGUUUGUUGACGACGAACAAAAAGAGGAGUUGAUUAUUCCGGGCAAGGACGAGGAAAUGCAACAGGCACCGGCGAAUGAGGGCCUAGACGUGCAGGCAUAGAAGGAUCCUGAGCUGUCUAACUGGGAUAUGGGUGGUGGAUAUGAUACCAUUGAGACGACGGGAAGGGGAUGUGGGUUGGAACGUAGAGCAUUGUAUUAUAGUCUGGAUCUGCUGGACGAGGCGUUAGGGUUGGUGGCAUGGCCCCAACGAGGAGGAGAGAGAAUUACUUGUUUCUGGCGGCCCGCGUUGGCUGCGCUCUUCUUCUUACACAUUCGCAUCCUCUUACGCGUGACAUUUGUGACUUUCUGACAUGUCCCCUGGAUGUACCCGCUGUUUUGCAAUGAUUACUAACUGGGCAAAUUGUCGCAUGCACUUGCAAUCAAGGCACCUACAAUGUGUACCAGA